AUGCCGCGCCUUGUGAGGAAGAAGCCGCUUUCCGAGCGCGUGAAAGCGUGGCUCAACCCAAUGGAUACUCUGCUAUGGUUGUCUGAGGAGUUGGAAACAAGAGACUGGGACUCGAAGGCACUGGGGACGCAACUCGGGCUUGGAUUCAACUUCGUCUUUCUUCUGGCCAGAGCUAAUAGCCUCACCUCGGAAGUUGAGGACGAUGUAUUCAACGACGCGGGUUCCGGCAGCUUCAUCACCUUCGUGAUUCGCCCGCUCGUCUGGAUUCUGGGCGUUCUUUCCUUUGCCAACGCCUUUUACGCGAUGACCCGAACGAGGCAAUACCGGCUGUUCCAAGUCAACGUCGAUGACAAGCCGCAUACUCCCUCUGCGCAACGAGUCAAGGCCAACCUGGAUCCGUCCGCAUCCUCCCCUCUCCGAAAACUUGGAAACCUAUUGGUGCCUGAGACUGCUGAGUCGCGAGCUCAUCCCGAUCAAGUUCAUGACGUGUGGGAGCUGAGCGUUUGGGAUCCCCUGCCGGUUUCCUUGCAGCUCUUCUGCCUCUUCAGCCCUGGUCACGUCCUCGUUUACAUGAUGUUCCUGCCGCUGGUUCCCUUGGAUCCUCGGCCUAGUGUGACUGUCUUCAACUGCAUCGUGUUGCAACUCAUUCUCUCGGCACAGCUCCUUUUCGUCCAGUCUCGGUAUGCCCAGCAGAUCAAAGACACGGCCAUCAUCCACAAGGAAGUCCUCCACGAGUACGAUACGAAGUUUGUUCGCCCGCGUCUUCACCCGGUCGUUCGCGAUGUCGGUACGCAGUGCUCUCCAGAAGAAUCGAAGGAUGAGGAGUCCUUCGUCGAAGUCGGCACUCCUACUACCCUCAUCAAGAAAGAAUUUGUCACGACACCCAACCCCCACGUUAAGCAGGACGAGCCUGUGUACACGCCACCGACCAGCAGUUUCGCUUCUCGCCUGUUCACACCCACGACGAGCCGCCGCUCUGAGGCCUUUACGCCAGUCCCCAGCACGAGAUCGGUUCGACAGAGCCUGCCUACCGGGUAUCAAUCCACUUCCACCUCCACGUCGAACAUGGCCGCAAACACCGGUUCGACAAACUUUGGAGGCAACAUGGGGGUAUUCACCCACGCAAACUCGCCCUUGAAGAAGGCAACCAGUCUGCACGACGUGAACCAGGCUUUCAUGUCUCCUCGCAAUUCGCGGGAAAUGGCGGCGCUAGAGCAGCGCAGGGGAGGGAGCCCGGUGAAGGCUGGAAGUCCGCUUAAGCAGUCUGAGACAAGAAGGUCCACAGGCUCCGAUGCUCUCGGGAACAACAUGAACUCGGCUUCAUACAACCCCUUUGCCAGCGCGAAGAGGAAUAGAAGUCUGCAACAAGGAGAACGAUACCCGUCAAGGUGGUCAGGGUUCCACUAA